AUGGGCCUAUUCCCUACAGAAAAUGAUGGUGGCCAGCCGGUUUUUUCAGCCCAGGCAAAGUGGACCUUGUGCGGCAGCGUGGAAUGGACCAAGAACAGGCGGGCAAGGAGGAUAAGGGAGUUAUUUAAAGAGUUCCGGCUCCAGACCGCCAUUUUAUGUGAAGAAAAGGCUGGAGAAGUGGCCGAAAGGAAGGAGCAUUGCACUGUAGCGCAUCAGGCGUUGCAGGAGCAGCGAUUGUUGGAGAAGGCAGAGAGUGGUGCAGAGCGCGAAGUUAAGCGAGCUCAGAAGCAGGAGGCAGCCAAACAACAGGCUGAAAGAAUUGCAUGA